AUGGAGGUCUUUGAGAAUGUCUUAACGACAUUCCGAAAGAACCGCCAUUACACUUUCCACCAUUUCUGCGAGGAGGAGAAGAUUACUCACUUUUGUUUUGUUGACGACCUAUUUGUUAUUGCACGCGCCGAUGUUGAUACCGUUAAAACUAUAAAGGAUGCUCUUAAAUUAUUUUCUGAUGUUACAGUGUUCUAUGGCGGUGUUAAUGACGAGACAAAGGCAAGGAUACAAGACAUCAUGGGCAUCUCCGAAGGGUCGUUUUCAGUUCGUUACUUGGGGAUUUCGCUUACAAGAAGGCAGAUUCAUGUAGUACAUUGCAUGCCACUUAUUGAGAAGGACGAAGGAGGUGUGGGUUUGAAGAAUUGUGUCGAAUGGAAUCGUGCUGUUACUUACAAGCAUUUAUGGGCCUUACAAUCUAAGCAGGAUUCCUUAUGGGUCAAAUGGGUGCACUCCCAGUUUUUGAAACGUGAAAUGAGCAUAUGGACGUGCAAAAUUACCGACGACAUAGCUUGGUCAUUAAAGAAGAUAUUGAAGCUCAAAAACAACAUUGGUUCGAUAUUUGACAUCCGAAUUGGUGAUGGGCGUGGCACUCUGUUUUGGCACGACCCAUAG